AUUACCAAGCCUGCCCGACGAGCCUGUCGAGCUUUACAUUAAACAUCUGAGCAUAGGUAGAUAAUUCAUAAUGGCUCAGCCAGGCGUGGUUAUCUUAAGUGUCGACGACAUUCGUAAAGAAGCUGCAAAGAGACUAGAUAGAGUCACGCUAAACUUCUUCAAUGAUGGUUCAACUGAUCAAAUCACGGUACUUGAAAACGUCACGGCUUUUUCCAAGUAUCGAAUCCGGCCCCGCGUCUUAAGGGAUGUGUCAAAAGCAGACACAAGUGUGACGGUUCUUGGCCGGAAGAUAGCAUUUCCAUUGGGUGUGUCUCCAGCUGGUAUCCAAGCGAUGGCUCACCCCGAUGGCGAGCUCGCUACCAGCCGUGCUUGCGCAAGACGGGGUAUAAACAUGGGUGUUUCAUCAUUUGCAAACUACUCAAUUGAGGAGAUCACGAGCGCCGGCCUCACUGUCGGCCCCAUCGGCUAUGUGAUGCAACUAUAUACAAUGAAAGAUCGAGCAUUGCAGGAGCGGAUAAUCAAACGUGCUGAAGCUGCUGGGUGUGUUGCUAUAUUUCUAACAGCCGAUAGCCCUGUACUUGGUGUUCGGUAUAACGAAUGGAGGGAUGACUUUCGGACACCUGUUGGCCUUGAUUUCCCUAUGCAGGACAAGACGUCCGAGAAGAUUCAAGCCCAAACCCAUGACGACGGCUUCGUCGCUUUCAAUUCGGAUGCGCACUCUUGGGAAUACGAUAUCCCCUGGCUCCGGAGCCGGACAAAAAUGCAAAUUUGGAUUAAGGGCGUGUUAACAGCGGAAGACGUUCUGCUUGCGCGUGAGUACCGAUGCGAUGGUGUCAUUGUGAGCAAUCAUGGCGGCAGGCAGCUCGACGGCGUCACGGCCACGCUUGACGCCCUCCCCGAAUGUGUUGCAGCUGCCGAUGGCAAGAUUCCCAUUCAUAUUGACGGCGGGUUCCGAACUGGCGCAGACAUCUUCAAGGCUAUUGCUCUAGGUGCCCAAUGCUGCUGGGUAGGUCGGCCAGUGAUGUGGGGCUUAGCAUAUAACGGAGAGAAAGGAGUAGAAAAACUCCUUAACAUUUUAUAUGAAGAUUUUAAACGAUGUAUGAAGUUGGCAGGUUGCAAGAGCAUUUCGGAGAUCUCGCAAGCGUCUUUAACCAUUUCUGGACAGGGUAGACCUUUAACCAAGUUAUAAUCUAUCAUUAAGAUAUAGGAUUACGCCUUUAUAUACAAGAUUUACCUUUAAGGACACAGGUCUCGCUAAUAGAAUGAUUUAGGUAGGAUACUAAACUAAAGUUACAGGUUGAAAAUAUUAUUAUAAUAAACCUACUAUAACAAGGGUAGAGAUAUUAGGC